CUGUUGAGACAGGACAAAAUGAGUAGUCGUCGAAAACGUGCGCCUCCAUCCAAAGUAGAUGAUGAGAAGAAGAAGCAGCUUUGCUGGAACAUGCAUGAAGACCGGAGAUUUGAGGUGAUAACAUUAGAUGAUGAUAUGACUGAUGAGGAUCCCCUUCCCGGUACAAGCACUUCUUCAGCAUCCUUCAUUGUUAUAAAUGAUGAUAGUGUUGAUGAAGAGCUUGUUCAGAAAAAGCAGAAUGGUUCAAAAUCCGUUACGUUUUUGACAGCUAAUGAUGAGGAAGACUCGUGUUCUGUCUUGACUCCUCUAACAGUGCAGCUAAAUAUCAUAGUCUUGCCGUACCGCGAGGAUGCUUCCUGGAAAGUUUUGCUAGGAGAACUUGCGCUUCAUCUUCCUCCUGAGCAAAGUCUAACUGAGGACUUCCAUGAAAGGAGUUUUACUUUGAUGAGAGGAGAAUCUGAUGAUCAGCUGCAGAUCUGUGUCCAUGCAAGAAGUGAAGAAGCAACCAAUAAUGAUACAAAAGAAUACUUGGGUGCUUACGAACAAAGCAUUUUGGUGGAACCAUCUUUGGGUGGUGAGAUAUUGGAAGGCUUGAGGUGGCUGCAGAAGAAAAGGAUAAUUGGACUUUAUCAAUGCCCGAGAGAGGGUCAGACUCUAAAGGUUGGAAUUUACCUUCUGGAAGCUGGAUUAAGCAAACCAGAGUUUCUCAGUGAUGGAGGUGGAAGACCCAAAAAAGCAAAUCAGCUGAUUCAGAAACUCAUGGAAAAGUUCUAUAGUUUUAUAAUUCCAGAUGUGCUGAAUGAAGAUGAUGAAGAAUCUGACAUGGAAUUAGAGCGACAAAAUAUCGAAGAACUUUAUGACUUUGUAAGGCGUACUCAUCAGCAGGACAUCCCAUUACUGAGAGAGGAUGUGCAGCAUCCUGCAUUAAUUCCUGUUCUGAGGCCAUACCAAAGGGAGGCUGUAAACUGGAUGCUUCGACGGGAGAACUUCAUAAACUCUCCUAGCAAUGAAAACGCACUGCACUUCUUAUGGCGAGAGAUCAUCACGCCAGAUGGAGCAAAAAUCUACUAUAAUCCAUAUACUGGCUGUAUUAUCCGUGAAUAUCCAAUUGCUGGACCUCAGUGGCCUGGAGGUAUUUUGGCAGAUGAGAUGGGUCUUGGGAAGACAGUAGAGGUGCUGGCUCUUAUUCUGACUCACACCCGACAAGACAUUAAACAGGAUGUUCUGUCAUUACCAGAGGGUAAACUUGUGAACUUCUUUGUUCCACCUCAGCCUUUAGAAGGAAAUAAAAAGAAAAAAACAAAGAAAUUGGAGCUUAAAUUGAAGGAAAAAAUACAAUAUCCCAGCUUGCGAGUUAUGAUAUUAGCGGCUAUAAAGGAGAUGAAUGUGAAGAAAGGAGCUUCCAUUAUUGCAAUAUUUAAGUAUAUCAGUGCUAUAUAUAGGUAUGACGUACAGAGAAAUAGACGGCUUCUCAAAAGAACUCUGGAAAAACUAAUUGCAGAACAAGUAGUGGAGCAAGUCAAAGGCCAUGGUCUGGCUGGUUCUUUCAAGCUGGGAAAGAAUUACAAGGAAAAGAAGAAGCGAGAAAGACCCAAAGAGCAGAUAGCAACGUCUUCAGAAAGGAUUCAGAAGUAUUUGACCGAUGCUAAAACUGAAACCAAAGAAUCAAGAAAUAGUGGUCUUACUUCCGAAAAUGUCAUUAAAACCCCUUUACAGGUGGAUAUCACCACAGAAGAACAUGAUUAUUGUGCAACUAGCAAAAGUAGAAGGAAGUCAACAACAGAUCGCAGCAACUGUGUAAAAGAGAAUGCUACUCAGCAAGAAUCUGUGAGAACAAAGAAUCCCGACAUGUAUGGUAACCCUGUUUCCACUGAUAUUAAGAGUCAGCCUGAUUUUGAGGUUUCUAAAAGUACAGCUGAUGCCCAACAGGACAUUCGAAAGGAGCAGUCCUCAGAUUCCCAGGAACAUGCUGGCAAUAGUGUGCAACAUACCAGUUCUGUGUUUCCAUUCAACACCUCUGAAUAUCGUUUUGAAUGCAUCUGUGGUGAGCUUGGCUUAGUGGACUGCAAAGCCCGUGUGCAGUGCCUGAAGUGUUAUUUAUGGCAGCAUGCAGAGUGUGUUAACUACAAAGAGGAAAAUCUGAAGAUCAAGCCGUUUUACUGUCCCCAUUGCCUUGUGGCAAUGAAACCUGUUUCCACAGGAGCAACACUGAUAAUUUCUCCAAGUUCUAUUUGUCAUCAGUGGGUAGAUGAGAUCAACAGGCAUGUGAGAUCGUCUUCUCUUCGAGUUCUGGUGUAUCAAGGCGUGAAGAAGCAUGGCUUUCUGCAGCCCCACAUGCUGGCAGAACAGGAGGUGGUCAUCACCACGUACGAUGUUCUGCGCACCGAGCUCAACUACGUGGACAUCCCGCACAGUAACAGCGAGGACGGGCGCCGCUUCAGGAACCAGAAGCGGUACAUGGCCAUCCCCAGCCCCUUGGUAGCAGUGGAGUGGUGGAGGAUCUGCCUUGACGAGGCACAGAUGGUUGAGUGCACUACUGCAAAGGCUGCUGAAAUGGCACUCCGUUUAAGUGGAGUCAAUCGUUGGUGUGUGAGUGGCACUCCUGUGCAGCGAGGAUUAGAAGAUCUCUAUGGCUUAGUCCUUUUUCUUGGAGUUGAUCCUUACUGGGUCAAACAUUGGUGGGACCAACUGUUAUAUCGACCUUACUGUAGAAAAAAUUCUCGGCCUCUCUACAGCCUAAUUGCCAAGAUAAUGUGGAGAUCAGCAAAGGAGGAUGUGAUUGAUCAAAUUCAAAUCCCCCCCCAGACAGAAAACGUACACUGGCUUCACUUUUCUCCUGUGGAGAGACACUUCUAUCAUCGCCAGCACGAUGUGUGCUGCCAGGAUGCCCUGGCAAAACUGAGGAAGAUUUCAGAUUGGACCCUUAAGCUCAGCAGCCUAGAUAGAAGGACCGUGACUUCUAUUCUGUACCCUUUGCUGCGGCUGAGGCAGGCCUGCUGUCAUCCCCAAGCUGUUCGGGGAGAGUUUUUGCCGUUACAGAAAAGCACCAUGACCAUGGAGGAAUUGUUAACUUCGUUGCAGAAGAAGUGUCGAACAGAGUGCGAGGAAGCUCACCGGCAGCUGGUGUGCGCUCUUAAUGGCUUAGCAGGCAUCCAUAUCAUCAAAGGAGAAUAUGCACUGGCUGCAGAGCUGUACAGAGAAGUGUUGCGUUCUUCUGAAGAACACAAAGAAAAGCUCAAAACUGAUUCCUUACAAAGACUUCAUUCUACACACAAUUUGAUGGAAUUGUUGCUGGCAAAGCACCCAGGAAUUCCACCAACUUUGCGUGAUAGCCGACUUGCAGAAGAGGCAGAACAACUUCGGAAGCAUUAUAUGAGUAAAUCCAAUGCAGAAGUUGCUGAAGCCCAUCAGGCCUUACAGCCAGUUCUGCAGACGAUUCGGGAUCUCCAGAGAAAGAUACGUUCCGGUUCCCCUUGGUGGCUGGAUGUCAUCCAGACAGCAAUACAGUAUGCCAUCGAUGAGGAGCUUGUUCAGCGUGUGCAAAAUGAGAUAAACUGCAACUAUCAAUGCGCUGUGACUUCGCUCUUUCUUUAAAUCAGAUUCCGUGACUGCAGAGGCCUUCAGUACCUGCUCACAACCCAGCUGGAUGAAGUGAAGAAGUUCCAGAAGACUGUAAGAGAAGCAGUGAAAAAUUUAGAAGGCCCUCCCUCUAAGCAGGUCAUUGAGGCUGCCACUAUCUGCCACUUGCGACCUGUGAGGCUUCCACUUAACAAUUGUGUCUUUUGUAAAGCUGACGAGUUGUUCACAGAAUAUGAGUCAAAGCUCUUUUCUCACACUGUUAAAGGCCAGAUGGCUAUAUUUGAAGAGAUGAUAGAAGAUGAAGAAGGUCUCGUUGAUGACCGUCUACCGACCACAAGUCGAGGGCUGUGGGCAACCAGUGAAACGGAACGUGCCUUGAAAGCCGUUCUCUCCUUUGCCAAAGCGCACCGGAUGGACGCCAGGCUCACUGAGGAAGGCAGCCUCUUUCUGGAGCUCUUCGAGGCGUGGAAAAAGGAAUAUAAGUUGCUUCAUGAAUAUUGGAUGGUGCUGAGGGAUCAUGUGUCUGCUAUUGAUGAACUAGCAAUGGCUACAGAGCGGCUGAGAGUGCGUCAUCCUGAUGAGCCCAAACCAAACCCGCCACUUCUCCACAUUAUAGAACCACACGAGGUAGAGCAAAAUCGAGUGAAACUUUUGAAUGACAAGGCAGUUGCCAAAUCGCAGCUUCAGAAGAAAUUAGGACAACUUCUGUAUCUCACUAAUUUGGAGAAGUCUCAAGAUAAAACUACUGGAGGAGUUAAUCCAGAACCAUGCCCAAUCUGUGCACGUCAACUGGGAAAACAGUGGGCAGUGCUGACAUGCGGACACUGCUUCUGUAACGAGUGCAUAGCCAUCAUCAUCGAGCAGUACAGCGUGGGCACCCGCCGCAGCUCCAUUAAAUGUGCCAUCUGCAGGCAGACGACGUCGCAUAAAGAAAUAUCCUAUGUCUUUACUGCAGAAACUGCAAAUCAGGAGGAUGAUAUUCCUGUCAAGGGAAGUCAUUCCACCAAAGUAGAAGCUGUGGUCCGAACACUGAAGAGAAUUCAAUUUAAAGAUCCAGGAGCUAAAUCCUUAGUUUUCUCAACGUGGCAAGAUGUAUUGGACAUAAUUUCAAAAGCAUUGUAUGACAACAACAUGGUUUUUUCUCAAAUCAAUGGAAUUAAUAAAUUUCAGGAAAAUCUGUCUGCAUUUAAAUAUGAUCCCAAGAUCAAUAUUUUGCUGCUGCCCCUUCACACUGGUUCCAAUGGAUUAAACAUAAUUGAAGCAACUCACGUUCUGCUUGUGGAGCCCAUUCUGAAUCCUGCACACGAGCUUCAGGCUAUUGGCAGAGUUCAUCGUAUUGGCCAAACGAAGCCUACCAUUGUUCACCGGUUCCUGAUAAAAGCAACAAUAGAAGAGAAAAUGCAGACUAUGCUGAAAACUGUAGACAGAAGCCACACGAGCUCCUCCAUGAAACAGUCAGAAGCCUCAGUUCUGACGGUGGCAGAUCUGGCUGACCUUUUUACAGAUGAAGUGGAAGAACUUGAAUAAAAACACUGGUUAUGCCUAGUGAAAUUGGAGGCUACCUGA